GCCCCGCAAAAGACCAUCGUCACUAACGACAACAGAGCUAUGAACAAUUGCUUUUUAUGCACACAAUUUUAUGCAUUGCUUAAUGUUUUUUUUUUGUCAUUCAAUGCCGUGUUGAUCUUCUAUUUUCAAAGAUUAAAGCAUAAUGACGUCAUAAUCGAUGUAUCUAUCAAGUGUUUUUAUUUUUAUAUACCUUGGUGUGGUCUACCAACUUAGCGUUAUAAUUCGGCUGGGCUGGGCAUAUACCAAUGCCAUAUAUAGUGCAUAUACCUUGCUUUCGGCCUCCGUUCAUCAGCUAUAACUGUUUUCCAGCAAUUUUCUUCACACAGCGGUGUGGGUUAAGUCAACAUGAAGAAGCUGGAUAUUGAUAUUACUUUACCAGAAUUACCGACUGAUGAAGAAGUACAUGAUGAUGUCAAAAAUGCUCCCACAGAUGACAUUGUAUUCACAGACCUGGCAGACAAGCUGGCGUCGGCGCGCGGCGGCGAGGCGCCCGGCGCCGAGGCCGUCUUCCUGCAGGCGCACCGGCUGCUGAGCACGUGCGACAAGCUGCGGCACGGCGCGCGCCACGUGACCGCGCAGCUGGAGCUGCUGCAGCGCGAGCGGGCGCGGCUGGCGCUGCUCGUCAGUGACGCGCGCGGCCACGCGGCGGCCGGCGAGCGCUGAACGUCACCAGCCGCGCACCGCCAGCCGACAGAAGGGUAGGCGCCCCAGCCCGCCAGACGGGCCCCCAGGCAGUGGCUGCCAGGGGCCCAUCACCUCGCCCAUCAACCGCAAUUCACAGCAACAGAACGCUUACAAACAUAAUAUAUCGUGUAUAUUUUUUUA